AUGGAUGUCCCUGCGACGAGCGCCUGCAUCACCCCGUUAAAGGCGAGCACAGGAGAUAGUAGACCCAGGCACGAAGCGAGGGCGGGGCAAUCGAUACGAGGAAACGUGCUGGAAGAUGAUCGGAAGGGACGCGAGCGCGAAAAUGACGAUCGAUUGGUCUGGGGUAGUGGAGAGUUCGUUUGCGAAGGAGACGCGCGAAGUAUCUUCAAUCAGCUGGAAUACAAGCCGUACGAUCACUGGCAAAGCGAUGUUGAGCAUAAGACGGUUGGUUGCGGAAUAGCAGAGUCCAAGACGCUUCUGGACCCGAGCAUUGAGUUUGCGCUUGAUCGCGGAAUCGGGAAGCAGAGAAACCGGGUCCUGGCCAAGAUUUAUGGGAAUGACGAGAUGACCUGGUAUUUCGACCAGAUGGCCUUUGCGGAGGCCGUCCACAGCUUGAGGUAA